UGAAGCAAGUUUAAUUUGACAACUCUUGCUUCAUUUUAGCCCAAUAAUGAUACUGUAUGAUACAGCAAACACUCCAAAACCCUAUUUAUUCUACUCUUACAUCAGUAUAUCUAUUCUAAUUAGACUUUUUGCACACUAAGAAUGACAUUGCACUUUAAAUAAAAUCCAAUCUUCUGGUUCAUACAAUGUAAAAGGACAGCUUUGUUGGCUUUAGUAAAUGAGAUUAACUACUUGCAGUGCGAUAUGGAAUGUUUAAGUGUUUCAACACGAGGGAAUAUGAUUGCUCAACACGGCUAGGGCCUCAGUACAGACCUGCACGGUUCUAAAACCAUACACACUGAAAGACCUGCGACUCAAAGGGAUUUUAAUACAAAAAGGUUAAACAGAGCAAUAAAACUAAAAUAAAGGGCAAAUACUCAGGAUGGAAGAAGGAAGACUUUAAUAUAUCAGUAUGUGGCACAUAACACACAGGAGACAGAGAGAGUGAGAGAGAGCGACUACAGUAUAUUCAAGAUUUCCAAAUGCAGUAGCUAUUAUUGUCCCUAUUCAUCUUAUAAAUCUGAAUUUAUUCAUCUCUGUUAAACUUUUUGUUGUGUACAAAAACCUUUGGCCUGGCUCUGUGGUUAAAUGUGGGUCAGAUGUAAAGUGGGUUCUUACUGCCAAGUUGUUCAAACACAUUAAACACACAUUGUUUCGCCAUCUCUUCAGGCCAGAGUCGGCACACUUUGCAGUGCCAGCCAAGUGUAACACUGAACUUUCAGUGUGAUGAAAUACAAGGGGGGACACAAUGAGCAUGUGCCAAAUAACACAUGUAGUAUUUACCUACAUUGCAAAACAAAAGCUUUAGAAUUGGAGGUAUUUCCCCCUAGUAGUGUGGGAUUUUGUCCAAAUGGAUUACAGCGGUGAAAUCUAAAAGCCACUGUGAAUCUUUCAUUCAAAGUGAUUACACAUACAUUCCUUACUAUUGUAGUCUUUUAUUCUAACACAUUGUGUUGGUUUAGAAAAUACUACUUUGUUUCAUGUUUAUGAAUAGUCUACAUUUGUAAUUUAUGUGCAGGUACAUAAAUGUAAUGAAUGAAAUGGGAUGGGAGUGCCAAAAGAGGGAAUGAGAAUGCAAUGUAUUUGAAUAUUGCUGUUUCGCUCAAAUCAAAUACUCCAUGUCUGCUUUUUAACGGCAGUCCUAAAAUAGGAGCCACAGGCCAUGCUAUAGGGGCCACCUUGUGGUAAAACAUAGUGCUGUCCACUUACAGAUUUACAGUCACGGCAGGGCUCAAAUGAACAAGCUACAUUUGAGGGAAAGAAAAAAAUCCAAACAUCACAGUGGAUUAUAUCCAUUUCGGAAGUGUUUUUCUAUGAUAAUAAAUAGGGACGUCUCUGCGCAGCCUAUCGGAUUCCGGGAUGCAAUACGCAUCCAAAUGAAAAGAACGCCAGUCCUUUCGCUAAUCCUUGUCUAUCCUUUUUAUAUCUGGACUCAUAGCAGUCCGAUCACUAUGGGACAGCGAAGCGGUGGGACAAAGCCAUGCGGAUGAUAUUCCUGUAAAUGAGAGAAAAAAGCAACUCUGUUUGACCUCAGUGGGCGCAAACUGGGCGCAUGUAGGCAAGCUGCGUAUGCGUAAAAGUGGGCCAAAAUGUUCCUCGUCCUGCUCCUGGGGCUCUACCUGGCCACAGGUGAACUUGUCUUCCCAGUGAGCUCCUGCCCGUCGCAGUGCAGCUGUUUUUACCACAACCUGAGUGAUGGAUCAAAAGCCAGGAGCGUGAUUUGCAAUGAUCCCGAGAUAUCGCUUGUGCCUCUCGGGUUCCCUGUUGACACGUCCAAGCUGCGGAUUGAGAAGACGGCCAUCCAGCGGAUACCAAGCGAAGCCUUCAACUACCUCUCCAGUCUGGAAUUCCUGUGGAUGUCUUUCAACACGCUGUCCGCCUUGAACCCGGACAGUUUCCGGGGACUGCUCAGCUUGGAAGAGCUUCGUCUGGAUGGGAAUUCCCUCACCGCCUUUCCCUGGGAAUCUCUCAUGGAUAUGCCCAGCCUCAGACUUCUCGAUUUGCACAACAACCAGCUCACCUCGCUGCCAGCGGAGGCCACCACUUACAUCAAGAACCUCACCUACCUGGAUCUAUCCAGCAACAGCCUGCUGACCCUGCCGGCAGAGGUGCUGUCCACCUGGUUGGCCGCAAAACCUGUGCAAGGGCCAGAGAGCUCCAAAAUGAUACUUGGUCUCCAUGACAACCCCUGGGUGUGUGACUGUCGGCUCUAUGACCUGGUCCAGUUCCAGAAGUUUCCGACGCUCUCAGUGGCAUUCAUUGACACAAGGCUCCGGUGUUCAGCUCCUGAGAGUGUAUCAGGGGUCUUGUUCAGUGACGCAGAGCUGCGUCGCUGUCAGCUCCCACGUAUCCACACAGCUGUGGCACGAGUCCGGAGCGCUGUUGGGAACAAUGUGCUGCUCCGCUGUGGGACCAUUGGAGUCCCCAUCCCAGACCUGACGUGGCGCAGGACGGAUGGACGAGUCCUUAAUGGAACAGUCCAGCAGGAAACCUCAAAAGAGGGAAUCACCUGGUCCAUCCUCAGUGUCUCAGCUGUGUCCCAUCGUGAUUCAGGGAAAUACAUCUGCAAGGCCACUAACUAUGCAGGGAAUGCUGAGGCUGUCAUUUCUCUCAUUGUCUCAAACUCACCAAAACCAGAGGGGAACCAAACCAGUAAUGACAAUAAAGCCAAAGUCAAGAAACUCAACCAGAUGGGCAAAGCUGCCUACCAGGAGAAACUGGUGGCCAGAUAUGUGGUUCCAACCUCCACCCCUUCAUCCCUGCCUGCCCUGGAUCCAGGCCUUCCACCUGGUCUUGGUCCUGAUCCUGGACUAGCCAGUUACAGCCUGGCUGACAGAGCCACCCCGGGGCCUGCCACCUCCUCCAACCCAGAUGCGCUGCUGGAUCUAGAGAAGACAAAUCUAAGCAACCUGGCGGCCAACACCUCGUUGCUGCAGCAGGACCCGGACAGAGUGGUCCGCUCAGUAAAGGUGGUGGGGGACACAGACAACACAAUUUCUCUGAACUGGAGAGCCCCUAAGGCCAAGAACACAACAUCAUUUAGUGUGCUGUAUGCUGUGUUUGGAGAGAGGGACAUGAGGAAGAUCAAUGUUGGGGCGGGGCAGAACCGUGUAACCAUCGAAGGGCUGGUACCCAGGACCAAGUACAUUGCCUGUGUGUGUGUGAGGGGGCUGAUCCCUAAGAAGGAGCAGUGUGUCAUAUUUUCCACUGAUGAAGCAGCCAGUGCCACUGGCACUCAGAAGCUGAUUAAUGUGAUUGUGAUCACAGUGGCCUGUAUCAUUGCGGUCCCGCUCACUGUCAUCGUGUGCUGUGGGGCGCUGAAGAGACGCAUUCAGAAGUACUGGGGAAAGAAAUCCAAGGACAUCCAAGAUUCAUAUGUGACCUUUGAAACACUGUCACCUGGCACUAAGGCCAAAGGGCUGGAGGGCGAGUAUUUGAACAGACUGAACCCAGAGGAGUCCAACAGGCUGCUGUCAGCCCGCUCCAGCCUGGACUCUGAGGCCACAGCUAAGAUAGAGGGACAGCCUAACGAGUACUUCUGCUGACAUCAUGCUCCAGCUCCGGCUCCUGCUGCACGCCAUCUUCCUCGUACUCACCUGCAUCCACGUCCCAGUCCAAACCCCAAUACCCAAUCACAUCACCAUCACCACCCCCAUCCCCAUCUCCACCCACAUCCAUAUCCCCAUCACUACCUGCACUCUCAUCCUCAGCAACAUCCUGACGUCAGCCCCCCUCCCACGCGCUCCCGUACGCCAACAUCAUGGGAUUCCCCCCCACCUGUCCCUCCUCGCUGGAUCACGCCACCAACUCCCCCGCCACAGAGAGCCAACUUCUAUCAAAGAACUUUUGCACGCUGCACUAUAAUGGAAAUAUCAGUUUAGAGAAUAUUUAACAUUUUAGUUAACUUGUUUUUUCCAGAUAUGUGUAGAAUAUUUCGUGUUUCCUGCAGAUAGAGUGAAACUCAUUGGACUGUCAUACAUGUAUCCAUGCAUUAAUAGUAAGACAACAUUCAAGCACACUCAUGCUUCCAUGUCUAAAAGAAUGUUUUUAUCACAAAGCCUGUAAGAGAAAACAUGUCAAAAGCUGAAAGAACAUAACAAUCAUUGUAAUUUAUAUUUCAUCUCACUUGCAUGGCCCAGCGAAGAAACCUCUGCAACCUGAUCUGACAUAAAAGGGAACUCAAUGGUUGAUACUCCAUUAUUUAUAUCAUAUAUGUAUGUGUAUGAUUUGUAUAUACUUUACUGGAUGAUGUACACUUACAUAUACAGUUAAGUCUGUGCCUCUGUAUAUAUCUGUCAUAUGUUCUCAGAGAAGAUAUACACACAGGCAUGGUUCAACAUGGAGAAAAGCUGGAGCUGGAGAGAAGUACAGAAAGGACUGAACUAUGACACUUUGUAAAUAUGGUGGAAAUGAUACAAAAUGUUAAACAAUUUUUAUUCCCAGCAAUGCGACACAUACUGAAAUAUCUCUAUAUACCUGUUUUGUGCCACCUAGAGGCAUCAUUAUCCCAUUAAAUGUAGAUCUAUUAUUCCAAUGAUAUUAUUUGAAUAUAGUUAAAUAAACUUUUAUAUAUACAUCUCCA